CGAAUAUAAAAGACAGCAACAAAAAAUACGAAGCAUCAGUUUGCGAAAUUACGAGUGGAAGUAUCACCAACAAUACUUUAAAGAUGAAAUACGCAUUGGUACUUUUGGCCUUCGUGGCUGCGGCUUCUGCCAAAAUCGAGAUCCCCAAUUUUGGCAGAGGUGAGCUUCACAAAGAGAUCCAAGAUUUCUUGGACCUCGUGCCUGCCGAGCAAAUAUUCGACCUCACUGUUGAAUAUUAUAUACAAGAUGCUGAAUUCCAAAACAUGGUCAAAUACUUCCAAUCUGAAGGAUUUAAGCAGCUGGUCAUAGACGUAGAAGCCCUGCCUGAGAUUAAACAAUUGAUGAAUUACAUCCAUGAUGCCGGCAUUGACAUUUACAAGAUAGUGAAUAUAAUGAAUAAUGCUCUCGGAAUUCCACCUCUCACCCCGCCAUCCUAUGCUAUGGGCCCACAUAUCACCGGUGGAAUUAGGGGAUAUGUUGACGAUGUCUUAGCCCUGCUGCCUAUGAAACAACUUCAGGAUUUGUACGACCAGAAAUUGGCGACCUCCAAAGCGUUCGCCGAAUUCAUUGCGCAAUUGGAAUCCGAUAACUUCCAACAGAUCGUCAACACGGUUUACGCUCACCCCAAAUUCCAGGAGCUCUUGGCACACGCUAGGACUGCCGGUAUUGAUCUCAUUCUUAUCAAGAAUUUGCUGGAAGUUCUCUGGGGCAUCAAAGUUCCCUCUUACUAAAUGAACGUCAAUGUUACAAUAAAAAGUGAUUUUCCUUUUAUUAUUAUAUAGUGUUCACAUGCCAUCUCGUAAAUAUGGACCCCGAUCACAUUAUGUAAACUAAUAAAGAAAGAGCUUGUUAUAUAUGCGU